AUGCUGACACAACUCUCUCCUGUGGCUCCACGCAGCUGGACUCUGCUCAGUGGCCACACCCCGGGCAACUGUCUUGACCGGCGGGCUAAACCAGGUGAGGGGGCCCUGUGCGCCGUGCCGUGUGCACAGGGUUUGCGGAUUCCGCUGGAUGGAAGGUCGGAUGGAAACUUGUGUCGGCACCGUCGUGACGUGGUUCGUCUCUGCACGCCGCUGGACAGCCGGUGACGGGAUGGAUCUCCACAUCGACAUUGCCUUGACGCGCCCACCUACGCCGUCGGAGACCGCGGCUUACGGCGAAUUCGAGUCGCUCUCCACUACAACCCGAAGUCGUGGUCCCAUAGUGGAGUUCGGCCGUACCAAAACGGCACAUGGCAGCCCUAUUCAGGGAUGGCACUGCCAGCCCCCACGAGGGGAAGGGCCUAGAAAAGGUGGCCUAAACAUUGCUGGAUACCACGCCGUCUCCAGGCUAGCCAGGGCCGCAGACGUCUAAUCAUGGUCGAACCAAGCAAAAUCGAAACUACAACAAUACCAAUAACAACAGCAACCAUACUAAUUCUCCUCAUCCUACCUCUUCUUCCUCUUCCUCUACCUAUUCUUCUCCUUCGUCACCUUCUUCUCUAUCUCCUUCCCGUCGCCCCACUCGCUGUCACCAGACUGGCAGGGUGAGCCCGCUCACUCUGGCAGCCUGAAAUGUUCGUUCCCUUUUAGACAAUCCGAGGAGCAACCGACCGGAACGGAGGACGGCGCUAGUGGCACGAGAACUGGCGCGUUACAAGGGGGACAUCGCCGCACUCAGAGAGAUCCGAUUCUCCGAACAAGGCCAACUGGAGGAGGUGGUUGCCGGCUACACCUUCUUCUGGAGCGGUCGACCCAGGGCAGAGCGACGGGACGCGGGUGUCGCCUUCGCUAUUCGGAACGACAUCGUGGGACGACUGCCCUGUUUGCCGCAGGGCAUCAACGAUCGCCUGAUGAGCCUCCGCCUGUCUCUCUGGGAAGGCAAAUUCGCCACCAUCAUCAGCGCCUACGCUCCACCGAUGAGCAGCCCGGACGCCGCCGCAAGAGACAAAUUCUACGAGGACCAGCACGCCCUCUUGGCGACUGUGUCGAAGGCGGACAAGUCGAUUGUCCUUGGUGACUUCAACGCCCGCGUCGGCACAGAUCAUACUGCCUGGAGAGGAGUGCUGGGUCCCCACGGUCUCCGCGGCUCAAACGACAACGGCCUGCUGCUUCUCCGCACCUGCGCAGAACACCGCCUUAUCCUGACGAACACCUUCUUCUGUCUGCCGGAGCGAGAGAAGGCCACCUGGAGGCAUCCUCGGUCGCGCCAGUGGCACCUGCUGGACUAUGUCCUCGUCCGGAGGCGAGAUCAGCGGGACGUGCGGGUGACGAAAGCGAUCGCGGGUGCUGACGGGUGGACCGACCAUCGCCUCGUCAUCUCGAAGAUGCGUAUUCGCCUACAGCCUCGCAGGAGACCACAAGGUAAGCGACCCCCAGGUAAGCUGAAUGUUGCUUAG